AUGUGUGGGCGCUAUGCUCUGGGUGUGCGCCUAGCGUACAUGCGACAGCAGCUAGAGGACAUGGGCAUGCCCGUCGAUGAGGCGCCAGAAGAUGAAGAUGUUCGCGAAACAUACAAUUUCGCUCCAGGAAACUUCGGGGCCGUCUACCGAGCCGACGUCCCUGACGAGAGGCAUGGCCAGCACAAAGCGCCGGUGGAGGAACAGAAUGAAGAACAUCAAGCGCCAAAGAAAGACCAAGACUCAAAUGAUCAGCCAAAUGAUGGACGUACCAAAUUCAAGAUACAAAGUAUGAAAUGGGGUCUCAUUCCCUUCUGGACUAAGCGGGCACCAGACUACGGCUCCAUGAUGCGCACGAUCAACUGUCGGGACGACUCAUUAAUUGAAGAUCGCGGCAUGUGGACCUCCAUGAAACGGCGUAAGCGUUGCAUUAUUGUCUGUCAGGGCUUCUAUGAAUGGCUGAAGAAGGGACCGGGCGGCAAGGAGAAGGUCCCUCACUUUAUCAAACGGAAGGACGGAGACUUGAUGUGCUUUGCAGGGCUGUGGGACUGCGUUCAAUAUGAGGGCUCGGAGGAGAAACUCUACACUUAUACUAUCAUCACAACCUCUUCGAACUCAUAUCUUAAAUUUCUCCACGACCGAAUGCCUGUUAUUCUCGAUCCUUCAUCUGAUGAAAUGAAAAAAUGGCUUGAUCCUAAGCGAACGACAUGGUCAAAGGAGUUGCAAUCUAUUCUGAAGCCAUAUGAAGGAGACUUGGAGUGCUACCCAGUUUCGAAGGAGGUUGGCAAAGUCGGAAACAACUCUCCCGAAUUUCUUGUUCCGGUCAACAGCAAGGAAAACAAACAAAAUAUCGCCAAUUUCUUUUCCAACGCUACAAAGAAAGAAGAAAAGUCCACUUCUCCUGCUGAUGUCCCUCCGAAGAUUGAGACUGUCUCUCCGGGCACAGCGCUGAAAGAUGAGGGCGACGAAAAGAAAGUUGAACAUGGCGUCAAGAGAGAACACCCAGAAGAUAUGGAAGAUGAAAGCAAAAAAUUAAAGACGGAUCAAGGUUCAUUCUCGCGAUUACCACCGAAGCCGAAGACACGAAGUGCGACUCACAACACACCUACAAAAAAGUCGACAACUAAACCGCCCGAUGGGUCGCAAAGAAUCACCAAUUUUUUUAAGAGAUAA